UUCUUUUCUCUCUUUCUAUUUUUCAGUCCAAAUUAAUAUUUAUGGCUUUUAAAGAUAAUUUUUAAGAUUUUGCUUUAUUUCAUGUGAGUAGGUGAUUUGCCUACGUUUGUGUAUUGGUACCACGUAUUUGUCUGAUGCCUCAAGAGGUCAGAGGAAACAUGAGACCCCUGGGACUGGAGAUAUCUUUCAUUUGGGCCACCAUGAUGGUGCUGGAAACCAAACCCAGGAUCCAUCUACCUGAACUCCUCAAGAUGAGCUUCCAGGCUAUGCCCACACUCCAGCAGCUUGCCAUGCAGGGGCUUCUGGCAGAUCAAGACUUGGCCAUCUCUGCUCUGGAGGAACUUCCCACAAUGUUGUUCCCACCACUCUUUGAGGAGGCCUUCAUUGAGAGAAGAACAAAGGUUGUGAAGGCCAUGGUAGUAUCUUGGCCCUUCCCCUGCCUCCCUCUUGGGGCGCUGAUGUGCCAAGCCAAAGUGGAUAACUUCCAGGCUGUGCUGGAUGGAAUGGAUUGGCUGAAUAACCAUAAUGUUUGGCCUAGGAGGUGUAGACUACAAGUGCUCAGUUUGCAGGAUGUCUAUGAUAACUUCUGGGAAGGAUGUGUUGGAAAAAAGUCUACUUGGUGGACCGAACAAGUAGAUCCCACCUCAGAGGGAAAGAAGCAGCAAUUGAAGGUGGUAGCUGAAUAUAUCAUGUUCCUCACUCUCAAGGACUACAAUAGUGCCUUCAUGCUGUGGCUCAGACAGAGAAGAGAUACCAUGCGGAUCUGUUUUUUCAGGGUGCUUCGGAAAUAAAAUAAGUGAGGCCAGAGAGAGGAGUUGGAUCUCUGAGGAUGUCUCUGGAUGUGCUGGGACUUAUGUCCUUGAAAGAUCAGUCUGUGUUCUUAAGCCUCUUGACAUCUCUCCAGUCCUAAAAUAAUGAAGACAGGGUCUCAUUUUGUGACAUGGACAGGCUUGGAACUCAUGAUGUAGAAACUUCUGGCCCUAAACACAUAGAUUGGCCAGUUAGAGAACAUUGAAAUUAAAGAAGCACACAGCCAUGGCUGACAAA